AGCCUCUCUCCAUUGGCCCAGACGAGAGAACAAAACAGGGCAGCAGCUGCAGCAACAGCGGAGGACACACAGCUCGCUGUCUCUUUCUCUCUGUGUUUGUAUGUCCCUAAGCCUUUCGUAAACGUCUUCCCUGCUCUUCAAUCGCUUCAAUCACCACGUUCGGAGCUGCGCUUUGCCCGUGCAGGGCUAUUCACAAUGACUCACAGCGUUGUGCCACUGAGCCCUCCAGAGAUAACAGCGUGCUCAAAGCGGCUGGCGGUGUUCGUGGCACUGCUGGGCGGCGGGGUCCUCAUGCUCUUCGUGGCUGUGUCCCUCCAUCUGCCGCUCGUGUGGGAUGUGGUGCGCACAGCCAGCCACCUCGACUCGGCUGCCAAUCCGGGAGUUUGCGACGAACCCUGCAGCCUGGUGUUGGUGGAGAGCAUCCCAGAAGGUUUGACCUUUCCCGAGGGUUCGCCCGUGCACCCGUCCAUCUUCCAGAGGUGGAGCGACCUCCUGCACACUUCCUCGCUGACCGUGCAGGUCGCCUCCUUCUACUGGACGCUGCGCGACUCCGACUUGGGAAUCAACGAAAGCUCCGCGGCACAGGGCAAGGCGGUGAUGGAUGCGUUCCUGGCUCUGCCGGCACGGGGAGUGUCGCUACAGCUGGCAACCGACGGCUCGUCCAACGCGCGCAAGCAGUCGCAGCUUGACCUCGCCGACCUCACCAGCAAGGGUGCCAACCUGAGCUACGUGGAUUUCUCCACGCUUACGGGCGGCGUGCUGCACACCAAGCUGUGGGCGGUGGACGACACGCACGCGUACGUGGGCAGCGCCAACAUGGACUGGAGGUCGCUCACACAGGUGAAGGAGCUGGGCGCCGUCGUGUACAACUGCAGCUGCCUGGCGCGCGACGUGCAGAAGAUCUUUCUGCAGUACCGCGCCCUGGCCGGUCAGAAAACCAUCCCCGCCGUGUGGCCUUCGCAGUUCAGCACAUCCUUCAACCGCCACACGCCGCUGCACGUCCGCCUCGACGGCACGCCCGCCGAGGUCUACGUCUCGAGCUCCCCAAUGUCACUGUGUGCUACGGGCCGCACCGAUGACUUGGUGGCCAUUGUGAACCAGAUAAACCACGCCAGCAAGUUUGUGUACGUCGCCGUCAUGGACUACUUCCCCACGUCGCGCUAUGAGAAACAUCGCAGGUUCUGGCCGAAGAUUGACGACGCGCUGCGCAAGGCGGCGUUUGAGCACGGGGUGCAGGUGCGCGUGAUGGCGAGCUGCUGGCAACACUCGGACCUCGCCAUGUUCUCCUUCCUGCAGUCGCUGAAUGCGUUCAGCGGCGCCCUGAAACACGGCAAGAUCGAGACGAAAUUUUUCGUCGUGCCUUCGACGGAGGCUCAGAAGAAGAUCCCAUACGCCCGUGUGAAUCACAACAAGUACAUGGUGACGGACAAGAUCGCCUACAUCGGAACCUCCAACUGGUCGGAGGACUACUUCAGCAACACGGCGGGCGUUGGGCUGCUCGUGAACCAGACGGCGAGCGUGGGACGUGGCGUCACCGUGCAGGAGCAGCUGCGGGACGUGUUCCUGCGCGACUGGAAUUCCCCGUACGCCAUCAGCCCAACUUCGCUCGCCGAUCUCAAGGCCAAGUGCUGAGUCUGGCGACCGACGCUUCUCCGCCCUCCCCACCACCCCCCUUUAUUUCCCCUCCGCCAACUGGAGGCUUGCCGAGUGUGGUCCAACGUGAUAAAUGGCAGCGAGGGUGUCGAUGUGCGGCUUUAUUAGUGCCACGCUAAACUUGGUGGUGGUGGUGGUGGGGGGGAGGGCCUUCAUCCAACAGUGGAUUUAUCAUGGCUGAUGAUAAUGGCCUGGCAUAGCGACAUUUUUAAGCCAGCUGUGUUGGAGGUGAAUGGUUAUGAGUGCACAAGUUAACUUCCUCUUUGUUACCCCUGGAAAUAAGGUGGCAUGAAUACAGAAAAGUAACUGCAGUGUGGGUUAUUGAAUCUGUAUAUAACUUGGCGUCCAACCCUGUUUAAAUCGCUCUGGUAUCAUAAACAUGAAAGGCUGUGCUGUUUUGACCUCGUAUCGCAUGCGAACAUAAGUGAUGUGAUUAAAACGUCCUACACAUUUCACAUCCUAAAAAAAACCCUAAUUUUUUUAUUGAUUUUAACUAAGAGGUACUGAUUUUUUUUUAUGAAUGAUUCAAAGUGGAGUUGUAUAGUAGCCCUUACAACUCAAUUGCACAAAUCCAUAUACUGUAUGUAAAAUCUCAAUCGAUGUCAUUGUUAAUUGUUAAGGGAAUUGUCAUUUUGAGUAUUUGCACUCGUGAAGCUUUAACAUUGAAGGGAAAUGAAGUAAAGAUGUCUGCGCACACUUGGGUUUCCAUUUCAGUUGUCAAAUUGUUUAUUUGUGUAUGCCUUUUAUACAGGGUGAUCCAUUUAUAGUUUGUCAAAAACUCAUUCAUUUCUCAGAAAGUGAUUGGAUGUUGUGAAAGCAAUGAAGAUGUUCUGGUGUAUUGAGAUUGGUUUGAGAGACUUGAGGAUUACAAUAGAUUGUUGCUAUGUGAAGUUUUCUCCAUCUCCCUCAUUACUUUUGGUGUAUCUACAUAUGGAUGACCAUAUUUUUUAUUUUAAUACACUGGGUUUUACUUCUUGAUGGAAACCCAGCAGACAUUGGCUUUGUUGACAUUUACUGUAGAUGCAAAACACAAGUGUUGGAUCGGAUGUUGUGGACCGAGUUUCAUAUCAGAGCUUCAUAGCAUGCACACCACACCACAAUGGCACAAUCAGAACAGAAAGCACUUGCAUGAUGGUGUCAUAGUUGUGGUCAUGUCUAAGGGUUAUGACAAGGUGGGCAUGUGGGCAGAGGCAUAAACCCAAAUUAACAUUGCCCUCUGCAUGGUUCUACACAUUUUACAUUGUGGUGUUUUUGUAAUAUAACUAAACAAAAAUGCGCAAAUUACGGUGGUAUUUUUAAGUGAAAGGCUGCUGUAGAUUUGUGCGUGCAAUUUCGUUGCGAACUGAUCAACUGCAAUUCGUGUUAGUCAUUUAUACAGGUGUGUUCAUUGCUUAGAUGACUGCUUUUUUGGCCAUCUAAUCGCACGGUACUAAGGAACAAAAUAAGCAUGCUGUUCUUGGUCUAAACUGCUGGUUUAGCUCGAUCCUCAUUGCUUAGGAUAUUCAUAACCAUGAGCAGUUGCAGAGAGAGACUAGUGUUUGAAUCGAGCAAAGCCGUCAUUGAAUGACAAGAGAAUAGCGUAGGCUUGACUCGUAACGCAGCGGUCACCAAGUACGGGUGUUUAUGACGCAUGAGACCGUAGACUAAUCUAUUAAGCUCACGAAACAAGCAUCCAAUUGUGCGUGAAAAACACAUUUUCUUUUGUACGUGGUAGUUCGUCACCUGCGCAACCACUAGAGGCCACUAAAUUGCACGGCACUUUGAACCAGGUAAGGCCCACUGAGUUAUAUAGCUUUUUUUCAUAAGCGACCUGGCCAUGAAUGAGAGCUCGACAACAAAGUGGCUUGCGUGGAAAUGUAUAAGCAGCUAAAUAUUCUAACCGCAUGUUGAUUCUAAAUGUGGGGAGAAAAAACUCGGUCCCGGAGAUAAAUCCACACGACCAUGGGGAGAACAUGCAAAUUCCAAAUAUACAACAGGCAUCAGGGUUGAGAAAAGGAAAUGAUUAAUACAAUUUUUACUUGAUCGAAUCACAAGCAGGAGAAAUCGCUAACAGGCCUGCCGGAUCAAGAUUUCCGAUCAUCAGCUUUCAAACGCAUAGUGCUGGGAAGUUCACCUGAAAACAAUUUUAAACUGUACAAGACGGUGCCAAUGCUUGCAGGAGGAAUUUUGUUUUUACUAGCAUUUUUAAGUGUCGUCAGACUUUGACAUGCAUAUUAAGUCAUGAAAGUUGUACGUUCACGCAUGUUGUAAAUAAUGUUUCAAUAUGAAAUAAACAGUUCAAGUUGC